GUGCUUGUGCUGGGUGCAAGCAACAUUCGACUGGUCAUUGAGAAUUGGAUGAAGUAUGGUUUGCUCAUUCGCCUACCCCACAGUUAUGUUCCACUCGAAGAUUACGGUUACUUUCUCUUGGCUUGGUUGAGUGUCCCAAUGAGUCUGGCCAUCUCUCUCCUGGUUGAGUACAGUAUGGCCAAAUUGGCUACCAAGGCAAGGGAAACAAAGGAAACCCGCCCCGAGUUUGUCAAAAAGCUGGCAACCCUUGAACGAGUAGCACUAGCCACACAUGUUACACAUCUGGUCUUUCUUUUGAUGUUCACCUCCUUUAUCGUCUACACAAGAAUAUAUCAUCCCAUGGCCGGUUCUUCAGCUCUCUUUAUUAGUCUGAUCACAUUUCUCAAGCUGUCUUCAUAUGCUUUGGUCAAUCAAGAAUUGCGUGAGGCCUAUGUGGAAGGAAAGCCAGACGAGUUUUACGAUACCGAUGCGGCUUAUCCAAAGAACAUCUCUUCAAGAAACCUUUUGUAUUUCUUCUUUGCUCCCACGCUUUGCUAUCAGCCAUCUUACCCACGCACUCCAGCAUUCAGAACAACUUUUUUUUUGAAACGGGUCGGUGAAUUGGUAGUCUGUCUUGUGAUGAUGUAUGUCCUGGCCGAGCAGUACGCAAAACCAACGUUGGCCAAUUCGCUCCAGGCCCUCGAGGAGCGCAACCUGGUUACGAUUAUCGAACGUGUUCUCAAAUUGUCCACGACAGCUGUUGUGAUCUGGCUCCUGAUGUUCUACGCCCUAUUCCACGCCUUUCUCAAUGCACUCAGUGAAGUGCUGCGGUUUGGUGAUCGCACAUUCUAUCUGGCCUGGUGGAACUCGGGUAAUCUGGCGACCUACUGGAGAUUGUGGAAUCGACCUGUCUAUCUGUUCUUCAAGCGUCACUUUUACAUUCCCAUGGUCCGCCGUGGUCUUCCACCAAGCGUCUGCCAAUUGCUGGUCUUUUUGGUCUCGGCAAUCUUACAUGAGUUUCUGGUCGGUGUACCGACACACUCUAUCAAUGGAUAUGCGUUUCUCGGAAUGUUGGGGCAGAUUCCUCUUAUCUCGUUCACACGUCUUCUUGAGAAGUGGCGCGGCAAGAAUAGUGCCUUGGGUAACACGGUGUUCUGGAUCACAUUUUGUGUUGUUGGACAACCUACAAUUGCACUGUUGUAUUAUUACCAGUGGACUGCAAAUCACAAGCAAGUGGCCCCUCAGUAA